AUGGAUCCCAUCGAAUCCUUCAUCUCCCUCUACAACGACCUCAACCCGCCCGCCAUCGACCAACUCGUCUCUCCACCCACUACCCUCCAGUUCAUGCGAUACGUCGCCCGAAACAGGCCCUUUGUCGUCAGGUCCGGUGCCAAGCAUUGGGCUGCGGUGAAGAAGUGGGAUGCAAGCUAUCUACGCCAGAAGUUGCAAGGUUUACAAGUGAGAGUUGCUCUUACGCCCCAAGGGUAGGCCAUCCACCGAGGCUUUUUCUCCCUCCCAUAGUCGAUGCUGAGCGCGCAGAAACGCAGAUGCUGUCGUCCAGGACGAAGGUGGAAGACUCUUGUUUGCCGAGCCGUAUGAAGUGCAAGAACCAUUCGGAGACUUCCUCGACUACAUCCAGAAUGGCGCCUCGGAAGAGCAAGAGGCCGUGAAGUAUGCACAGCCUCGUAUGUCUACGACAAACUUUGACAAAGCGUACGCAUCAGACUAACAGCAGCUUACUCAUCAGAGAACGACAGCCUCCGCUUGGAGUAUCCCAUCCUCUUCCCAGACGUUCCCGAUGACAUAUCCUUCUUCACCCAAGCACUAGAGACGGAGAUCGAUGGCAUCAACUUCUGGCUCGGCAAUGACCGCUCGACUACCUCCUUGCACAAGGACAACUACGAGAACUGCUACGUCCAGAUCCGAGGCCAGAAGCACUUCACCCUCCUCCCACCAGUCUGCAUGCCCUGCGUGAACGAGACGGCUCUCCCUUUCGCCAGGUUCGACCGAAGCCUCAACCCUGCCAUAUCCCCAGGCGAGCCCAUCCCCGUUCCAAUCUGGGACCCUGAUGAGCCCCAAGCGAGAGCAACGAAAUACUCCCCUCUCGCCCAGCCGCUCCGCGUCACCCUCCAUGCCGGCGACAUGAUGUAUCUUCCCGCCAUGUGGUAUCACAAAGUCCGCCAAGGUAACGGUCCCGAAGGCUUCUCCUGCUCCGUCAACUAUUGGUAUGACAUGGACUUUUCCGGCCAUUUCUGGACAAGCAAUGCUUUCGUCCGGGACGUCCUCCACGCGAAGGCCGGGGAAGUAGACUACCCUGAUCUAGACCUGGACUCCAAAUGA